ACCGGCAACGUUAGUAUCGACGGGUCGGUCGCGUGACGCGUUCCCAGUCGUUCCGCCAGCGCCAAGGAGCGCGUUCGGAGCAAUUGGCAGCGACGAGCGAAUUCUGCACGACGGAAUCGACAAUAGUGCGCGUUGUACACUGUUAAUAUACCAUCAACUCACCAGUCAGGCUUUCCAUUUGCACGGGAGCGCAAUCGAUGAACCAUGUUGGACAUCACCGAGUGUAACACUGAGAUUUUACGCCUUGUGAAGCAAGCUGGCUCGAUUGUUAGGGAAAAGAUUAAUCAACGUAAACACGUACUUACGAAGUCGUGCGACGUUGAUCUGGUCACGGAAUGGGAUCAAGAGGUAGAGAGACUUUUAAUCGAUGGGAUAUCGUCGAGGUAUCCUGACCACAAGUUUAUCGGCGAGGAGAGCACUGCCUCGGGCCAGAAAAUUGAAUUAACCGACGCGCCAACAUGGAUAAUCGACCCGAUCGAUGGCACGAUGAACUUUGUACACGGUUUACCACACACGUGUAUAUCGGUCGGGUUGCUCAUUAACAAAACAGCGGAAAUAGGAAUAGUUUACAACCCGAUCUUGGAGCAACUCUUUACCGCCCGUAAAGGUCAGGGUGCCUUUCUCAAUGGCGCCCCGAUUCACGUAUCCAGCGAGAAAGAAUUGCGUAAAGCACUGGUAAUGGUGGAAAUGGGAACGAGUAGAGAUCCGGAGAAGCUGGAAGUAGUUUUGCAAAAUAUAACGCUUCUUACAUCACGUGUUCACGGGCUGAGAUCGCUUGGCUCGGCAGCGUUGAACAUGUGCAUGGUGGCUCUCGGUGGCGCCGACGUAUCUUUCGAAUUUGGUAUACACGCGUGGGACAUGGCGGCCGGAGACCUUAUUGUUCGAGAAGCAGGCGGUGUGUCGAUAGAUCCAGCUGGCGGUCCAUUCGACGUGAUGAGUAGGAGAAACCUGUGCGCGUCGUCGAUGGAACUGGCGCAGGAACUUUCCAAGAUGUUGAUCCAAUAUUAUCCGGAACACGAUUAGGAAGCUUGAAGAAGCAUUUUGUGUGGAAGGUGACGGGAAAGUACGUUUGCUACAUCUGUGAAAAUUUCGCGUAAACGCCCGUUAGCUAAAAUCACAAGAAGCGCAAGAUAAAGUUGUCGUACCGCUGUAUCGUGGAUUCUACGUUUUUCCGAUUCAGAAAAGUUAAAGCUCCGUCUUUGGCGCGCGCGUUCGAGUCUCGUCAAGUAGCUAAAAAAAACGAACUUGUACUUACGUCGUAUUAAUCUCGGAGUGACUUAAAAGUGCCAUAAACCCUUUAUCUUUAGUAUCUCUCUAUAUCAUGUAUUAUAUGUACACAGAAUCACGUAAUAUAUACAAUAUCAUAAUAAAUCAUGAUUACCUGUAUCAAUAA